AUGGUGGAAGAUCGAGCUGCAGCUAAAGAAUUGGAUCAAUGGAUUGAACAAUUGCAUGAGUGUAAGCAACUCACAGAGACUCAAGUGAAAACACUAUGUGAGAAGGCUAAGGAAAUAUUGUCCAAAGAAUCUAAUGUCCAACAGGUGAAAUGUCCUGUGACCGUGUGUGGAGAUGUCCAUGGCCAGUUCCAUGAUUUAAUGGAACUUUUUAGAAUAGGAGGCAGAUCACCUGAUACAAAUUAUCUCUUCAUGGGAGAUUAUGUGGACAGAGGCUAUUAUUCUGUGGAAACUGUUACUCUUCUUGUAGCGCUUAAGGUUAGAUAUAAGGACAGGAUUACUAUACUUCGAGGAAACCAUGAAAGUAGACAAAUUACUCAAGUAUAUGGAUUUUAUGAUGAAUGUUUAAGAAAAUAUGGAAAUGCUAAUGUGUGGAAGUUUUUCACAGACCUCUUUGAUUUUCUUCCUUUAACUGCAUUAGUAGAUGGACAGAUAUUCUGCUUACAUGGUGGUUUAUCCCCUUCCAUAGAUUCACUUGACCACAUCAAGGCUUUAGACAGAAUACAAGAAGUACCUCAUGAAGGCCCAAUGUGUGACCUUCUCUGGUCAGACCCAGAUGAUCGUGGUGGCUGGGGGAUUUCUCCCCGUGGUGCAGGAUAUACAUUUGGGCAAGACAUUUCUGAAACUUUCAACCAUAGUAAUGGACUUACAUUGGUUUCCCGUGCACAUCAACUGGUCAUGGAAGGUUAUAACUGGUGUCAUGACAGAAAUGUGGUAACUAUAUUUAGUGCUCCAAACUACUGCUAUCGAUGUGGGAAUCAAGCUGCUAUUAUGGAACUUGAUGAUGCUCUUAAGUAUUCCUUCUUGCAGUUUGAUCCUGCUCCAAGACGAGGAGAACCUCACGUGACACGGCGCACUCCUGACUAUUUCCUCUAA